CUCUCUCUCUCUCUCUCUCUCUCUCUCUCUUCUUUGCAUUUCCAUACCUCUGCUCUGUGACCCAGCUGGCGGCCCCGCCUCUUUGUGAAACGAGAUGAGCCUGACAGCGACUGCUGCAGCAACUUCGCCAAUCUCACCUGCAUCGGCUGUGAGCAGCUCGACUGCGGGCGGCGCAGGGCUGGUGGGCCCUCCGAGACGCCGGGUGCUGCAGAGCUCGCGGUCUUCGAGCUUUUCGCGCACCACGUCGACGUCGUCGGAGGACGUCACAGCCAACAGCGAGCAGGAUUUUCCGUUCGUGUCGUCCAUCGUUUCGACAACCCACCCGCAAGUGCUGUGCUCCAACCUUCCGGAGCACUGGCGUUGCAACAAGUCGCUCCCUGCGCCGUUCGUCGUCUACGCUCAAGUCAACGUGCCAGACGACACAGAGGUCACCGUUAGUGCGGGCAACGACGAGCAUGCCAUCGCUGAAAUGCGCAACUUUGCGACAGUCAUGAGCAAUAACACGGCCACCUUUUCCGACCUGCGCUUUAUGGGUCGCUCGGGCCGUGGCAAGCGGCUGACCGUGUCCAUCACCAUCCACACGACACCAACCCCGAUAGUCGCACAGCUCGUUGAAGUCAUCAAGAUGACGGUCGACGGUCCUCGCGACCCGCGUCGGCGAAGGCCGGGCAGCGAAAUGAUCGCCUCCGCCAGCGAGGAUGACUUGUCGGAUGCCAGUGGGUUUGCCUCAGACCUCGGGUCGGGCACCAUGUCCGCGGAGGCCUUUGGCUCCACUGCCUCGACGGGCUCGCCGCUUUCUGGCUCGUCGCAGCAGCUCGCGCCCGGCCAAACUCCUCCUGCACAGCCCAACUCUGCAGGCACUGGCGGAUCGUUCAAGUCUCACCGAACGCGGUCGCUCUCUACCACCCUCCGACGCUGUCAGUCAGCCCCUUAUAUGGCUCCCGAAUUUCGAAGGCGUACCGGCAGCGGCACGCUCUUGCCGCACGACAAGCCUUCCUCGCCACGCGCCAGCAGCAAUAAUAAUGACAGCUUGGAUCCGCGCCCCCGUAGCGCUUUCCCUUCCGAUCUAGCCGAUAGCGAAAUGCAGCGAUUUCGCUCAGUUUCGAUGGGCUCUUCGGCAGAUUCCAUGGCCGAGGAUGUCUUUUCUCCGCUCGAGUCCCCCCGCUCGCCGAGCGUGGCAGCGCUGUAUCAUCUACAACAUUCGGGAGUUUCCUCUCCAUCACCCGAUCAUAGCCUUCUCUCUUCCAUGGAGUCGCUUCUUGCACCACUCACAACGCCCGCAGCUCUUAGUUUCAACGCUGCUGAUGUUGUCCUGUCGAGUGGCGCCAUGAAUCUGGUUCCUGACUUCACGCUGGUGAGUCUUUCAGUGUACGAGGCGCCUGAAGGCUCGGCGUGCGUCGCCACGAUGCGCGUCGGCUCCGCUGGUCAAGUGAUGACGGACGUUGGUGUCAUGUUUGGAAACGCCAUCCCAACGCUGGACAGUGUCAACCUCGGUAUCGAUGGCACAGUCCAGUGUAUGUUCAAAGUUCCGUCGCGCUCCGAAUGCGGUGCUUCACUCCAGCGAGGCAAUCGGUUGGAAGUUGUUGGCUUUUACAAGCUUGCGGAUCGCGUUUGCUGCUCGUCAAAUUCGCUGGGAUUUGCGUUCAAGGAUGUAGAAGGCGCAAUCACAGAACGCCAACUGAAUGCUGUGCUUCACAAGCUGCAUUUGAAGAAUCAACAAACGCAGCUCGCACACAGUGAGCCCCUUCAGAAGCAAGUUCUCGGCGGUGGCGCUCCACGAAACCUUCUCCGACAACUUCGACCCCUAGAAGACAACCUGUUUGCACGGAGCCAGGCAGUCUUGCAACAGUGCGGGAUGCAGCAUACGCUCAAUCCAAUCGAUUUGCCUAUCGGGCCUGACGGGCAAAUCUCUGUCAGCAAUGUUCAGUCAUCGGGGCUCACUGCGCUACACGUUGCCGCCGAGUUUGGAUGGAACAAGUUUGUGACCCAGCUUGUCACCGCGGGCGCUUCCAUCAACCAGCGGGACAACUUUGGGAACACCGCCCUGGACUGGGCCUUCAUGUCUGACCAGCAUGUGACUUGCCAACUGCUUCAGUCCGCUGGUGGUUUGUUCAACAUGUUUGCUCAACCGAAAGUCACUGACGACCUGCAGGCAAGCUUCCAGCAAUUCACCUUGUCCAGCCCCGUGCUUGGCCAACUUCCUUCGCCGACAACGCGCAUCGCGUCGUCUCGCUCGCCACGUUCGCCUCACCUCGGAUCCCCGUUGAACUUUGGCGGUCUUUCCCAAAACACUUCCCCUCCAGGACAAGUCCUGUCUGAGAUACCCGAGGCGCAGUCCUCUGCACAGCAGUCGUAUCAAACUCAGCUUCAAUUUUUGCAGCAACUACAGCACCACCAGCUGGUUGAGCAAGAGCAGCAGCAAAAGCAGCAGCAGCUACUUGUCCAGUUGAUGCAGCAACAGCAACCACAGCUGCAACUUCAACAGCAAGCGAAGCAGCAAGCAGCCCACCACAAUCUUGUGCAACACUUGCUGAGCAUGGACAUGUCCGCUUCUGCGUCCGGCUCGUCUUCACGCGCUGUAUCGACUUCGUCCCUGUUGUCGAAUGCUUCUGCUGUCACCAGUGCGCCGUCCAUGCUUCCGUUGGAUUUCACCACGACUAGCGAUGCUCAUCUCUACUCUGAGCCGGAUUUACUCGCCUUGGACCUGCCCUCUCCCAAUCCCUCCACGUUGAGCAUGGGCGAAUUACAUUUUUAAUCCUCUCUUUUUCUCUAUCUCUCUCCCUCUCUCUCUCUCUCUCCUUCCCUCUCGUUGUCUCGUUUGUUGAAUGUUCUCUACCCCCCCCCCACAUUCUCAUCUCAACUAGAUAAGAUGAGUGGCUGUUUCUCUCGGUUUUUUUUUUGUUACUUGUUGGUUGUUUGCUUUUGGUCGAGCUGUCCCUGGCGGAUGCUCGUCGGUUGUCAUUCUUGCUGUUUCUAGAUGGUUUUUUUUUUUCGUUCAUGUACAAUCAAUGUCGUUCCUGUGUCUGAAAGCCUUGUCACUUUGUCUGCGUUGAAUCGGCA